AGCUCUACACUUGGGACAAUCUUGAAGUGGAUGCAAAACCUGCUCUCCACCACUGAUUAUUAUUAACCUGGCCUUUAUGGACAUGGAAGCGAGGGGUUACACAGAGAUGCACUGCAUCUCCUGGAGUCCCAGUAACAUGCAGGGCCUUCCUCCCCAUGAUGUCCUUUAUAGUUAUGGGUAUUUUGUUCAUAUAUUAUCAAUCUCAGGGUGAAGUUAGGUAGCAUAUGAGGGACAACAGAAUGUUCUCCAGAAAGCGGAUAAUCUCUUCUUAUAAACACAGCUCCAAUGUCCAAGGCUGGCCAAAUCUGCCGGCAGGGGGGUUGUUUACCUUUGUCAACUUGCUUUGACAUGAGCAAUGAUUCUCUCUUGCAGUGAUCACAUUCACAUUUUUUUUGGCAUGUCAGUUACUAGUUUCCAACGUGAGAAGCAAUGUUGGACAUUUUUGCUGAAAACAAGACAGAGGCCAAGACAGGGAAAAGGGAGGCUUAGUCAUCUUGCUUCCUUCUCUUAAGGAUCACUUUUCCAACCCUGAGAAACCCUCUUCUACAGGCUUGAUUUCCAACAAAACUUACAUAAAAGUUGCAAUCAGUGGCUUAAUAAUUUAUAAACGAUCACUCUGACUUUUGGUCAAAUGGCUUGUUUAAGCACAUUUUAUUCUUGACACAGUUAAGAACACUGCUGUGAAUAACAGCCAUAUGCCAAAAUGCCAAACUUAGACGAUAUUUUAGAGCAUAUCGGGGAGUUUGACCUGUUCCAGAAGAGGGCCUUUUUCCUCAUUUGUUUGCUCUCUAUUGCCUUUGCCCCAGUCUAUGUGGGUGUCGUUUUCCUAGGUCUUAUUCCGGAACACCGUUGCCUGAGUCCCGGAGUUGCCGAACUGAGCAGCAGGUGUGGCUGGACUCUUUCUGAGGAGUUGAAUUACACCGUUCCGAAGGGGAAGGCCAAUGGAGAGACGUUCACCGGUCAGUGCAUGAGAUACAACGUGGACUGGAAUGCAACAGAACUGAGCUGUACAAACCCACUAGAAGGCUUCACCAGUGAUGGGAACAGCAGCGCCUCGCUUACCACCUGCCAAGAUGGCUGGGUUUAUGAUCCCUCAGUGCAGUCCAUCGUGAGUGAGUUUAACCUGGUGUGUGAAGACUCCUGGAAACUUGACGUUUUCCAGGCAUGUGUUAAUGCUGGAUUUUUCAUUGGCUCGGUGUAUGUUGGCUACAUAGCAGACCGGUUUGGACGUAAAACAAGUGUCUUAGUGACUACCCUGAUAACCUCCAUCUCGGGCGUUCUUGUGGCCUUGGCACCAAACUAUUUAUGGUCUGUGAUAUUUCGCUUCAUACAAGGACUAGUCAGCAAGGGCAGCUGGACGGCAGGCUACAUCCUAAUCACUGAAAUUGUUGGUCCUGGGUACCGGAGGACAGUGGCCAUUCUAUAUCAAGCAGCAUUUGGUAUUGGCCUUAUUAUUCUUGAUGUCCUUGCUUAUGCAAUUCCCCAUUGGAGAUGGCUUCAACUUGCUGUUACACUGCCAACCUUCUUCCUUAUGCUCUACUACUGGUGUUUACCAGAGUCUCCCAGAUGGCUGAUUUCUCAAGGGCAGAAUGGCAGAGCUAUGAAAAUUGUGGAUAAUAUUGCUAAAAAGAAUGGGAAAGUCUUACCUGCCUGUUUUGAGAGUAUUAACCUUGAAGAAGAAAAUGAAGGUGGAAAACUGAGACCUUCACUGAUCGAUCUUGUGAGGACAUCACAGAUGAGAAAAUACACAUUUAUUUUGAUGUAUAACUGGUUCACAAGUGCCAUAACAUACCAAGGACUCAUCAUGCACUUAGGAAUUCCUGAAGGAGGCAGUGUUUAUUUGGAUUUUUUCUACUCUAGUCUUGUAGAAUUUCCAGCAGCUCUCAUCCUUAUCCUCACAACGGAGCGACUGGGCCGCCGUUAUCCCUGGGCUGCAGCAGAUCUGUUAGCAGGAGUUGCUUGCCUUGUUGCAGCUUUCACUCCAAAAGAUAUGCACUGGCUAAAGAUUAUUGCAGCUUGCCUGAGCAGACUGGGAAUCACUAUGGCUUUUGAAAUGGUUUGCUUUGUCAAUACUGAAUUGUAUCCAACAUUUCUCAGAAACCUCGGUGUGAUGGUCUGUUCUUCCCUCUGUGACUUGGGUGGAAUAAUAUCCCCAUUCAUUGUUUAUAGGCUGGCAGAGAUUUGGCAUGAGCUACCUCUUGUAGUCUUCACUGUAGUAGUGUUAAUUGCUGCUGGAUCAGUGCUACUUCUGCCUGAAACCAAAGGGAGAACUUUGCCGGAGACCAUUGAAGAUGUAGAAAACUUCCAUAGGCACCAUGCUAGACAGAUUAAUUAAAGACAAAUUAGUGUUAAA